AUGAUUUUUCAUCCACGACACGGAAAGCUGGACUUUGAUGUCAAGCGCAUUCCAUGGUUUCAUGUGAUGACGGUGAGGACAUGGGCUUCUCAGACGGUAAGCCCGAGUCCAGUGUACUUAAACCCCAAGAACCUAUUCCGUACACCUACGCAAGAGGUGUUUCCCAUUCAGAUGGAAUAUACCACAAAGACGGUGUACGGGUUUUCCGAUUUCACCACCACCAUGGGCAACACCGUCAUGGUGUUUAAGCCGGGACCACCUCCAGUGAAUGGAGUCCCAAGUACAACAGAGAAGUUGGCACCAAGUCCGACAGAACCAGAGCAAGAGUUUCAGCUAUCGUCGAGCUUCGACGAAGAAUUACCUACUCCACCAAACUUGGACAGAAUUUUCGCUGUCGAGAGUACUUUCGGGUUAGAGGCCCUGUUCGCGGGUUUGAACGAGAAGAAGCCGCCGAACUCGGUGAAGUCGUUCGUGAAUGUAGUGACGCAGGUUGGAAACCAUCUGGAAGAUCUCCAGACAUCUCCAAGUGAACCCAAGGUAGACGUCAGCUCCAAGGUGGAUGUGAGGGUGGAAGUCAGUCCUCCCCAUAAUGACAGCCCAAAGAAGGGACCUAAAACGCAACCUAGACCGAAUGCCAUCACGACGGAGAAAACAAAAGCCCCUCAGGAAGAAGAGGGACCCCUGGGAUUAGUCACUACUUUAGGAGGAACGACAGUCAUGAAUGGGCUGACUACCGUUCACGAAACUAAAGUAAUCGGGACUCGGAUCGACGGGAAAUAUGCUCAGGUUUUGGAGUCAACGUCUCACAUUCUCUUCGAUAAUGAUGAUUAUUUCCGCUCUCCGUCCCCAGGGCGAGGAGCCGUAACAGCCGUCAUAGAAGAAUUGGAAACCGUGAAAUCCGUUAUCACGGGAACCUCGACAAAAGUCAUCGCCCCUGCAACCUCGGCUUUUUACAAUUACAGAUCCACGGAACGACCGUUGGAAGUCUCCUAUGAUGAUUAUCAGGUGGAGUACUUGACGCCUCGCAAGGAUCAUACUACACCUUUCUAUCGUAACAGUAGGGUCUAUGCUACUAGGGAGGGAUUUUCAAGGGAAAAUCCCAGAGUCGAGCCUACUCCUACUGUUGAAGACCCAAUAUCUAGCAGCCCUGGCCGUCCGUCUUACAAGGAAUCGGCUACGAAUGAUUUCUUGGCUCGUCUUCGUCAAAACAGAAAUUCGAUGAGAGAUCGUCCGAAUCCCUUCGUGACAUCCGAUCGUCGAUCGAGUCACAAGCGAGGGCCAGCCGUCAGCAGCUCGGCUGCUGUCGUGACACAAUAUGCAGAUGAAACGACAUCCAAGUCAGACGGCAGAUUUCACAAUCGUCUGGGAUCGAACAAGCGACCGGGGAGGUUUCACCCUCCCAAGUUGAACCUCAAUCGAGAAGAGGAAGAGGUCAUUCGAACAACCCCUGCCUCUCCAUACAGGAAAGGAGGCUACAAAAAUCGCUUUACGCAGACUAUUAAACCAACGACUUCUUCCUCCAUCUACAAAUUCUCAUUGAAUCGACCGACGGGACGAUGGAGAUGGAGGACGACAUCGAAACCACGCGUGGACAUCUUGCCUGAUCCACCGGUGACAGAGGAGUAUGAAGCUGCGCGAGAUGGAUUGGCUGAAGAUCUAUCUUCUACUGGCGAGGAUACGACAGACCCCCCAAUAGGUGACUACGAUUAUUCUGAUCCGCAGUUGGAGCCAUCUGAACCAGGAGUGCAUACCAUUCGAGUAUCGACGAGUACUCCGAAGCCAUUCAAUGGCACGGUUUACGAAUUGGCGACCGUCAGAUCCACGUACGUGUUCAGAGUGGGGACGAGGAUGAAUACGAGACAAAUUACCUUGACAAUGACGAGCGCAGUGGACUUGGCGACGGUAAAAGAGCCGACGAUCGAACCGUCAGAUGCAGGGCUUGACAUCAUCGCAGCGGAGCAUGCGAUUCAAGAAAACUUGAUCGAGGAGCAAGACAUAGCCAUUCUUCCACCCAUUGGCUUGGCUGGUGAUGCAUCCAUACCCCCGUUGGAAACCAAGACUGAAACAUUCUCCACGGAAGAGCUCGUGCUGAGGACAAACGUUCUCCCAGUCAUCAACGACCAUGACACUUCCUUCUAUACGCUUACCCAAUCAUACUAUAUCACCCGAAUCGUGACGGCUCUCAAGACCAUGCCCCCAAUGGAUUUCUAUCAAUUCAUCCCAGCCGAUCAGUUGAUAGAAUUUAACAGCCGACUGCAGUUGUCAGGUAGUGAACAUAAGGCUCGACUCCUGCUGGCAAACGAAGAUCUUCCUCCAAAUCAAGAAAUCGCCCUCCCUCCGGAUUUCUUCGAUAAAGAGAUUUCUGAAGCUGGAGCAAAGUUCGAUCCAUUGGAAAUGGAUAGAAAGCUUCACCCAGAGUUGUACGGCAAAAAGCCGAGAAUCCAUCCUACUCCAACAGUCAGUCAAACGCAACCCAAGACUUUAAUUGCCGAAGAGGACUUGGUCGGAGCGAAUUCCCAGCCAACGCCUCCAUUGGAUCCGGCUCAAUUACAACAGCUGGCGCUGUUGCGUCUCGUGAAUCCGUAUCUGAACAUUCCUGGCCUGGGGAUCCCUGGUACACAGGUUAUCACCACGUCGAAGCCAAUCUUCAAGGUCGAGACGGUGUACAAGACGGAUAUCCUGCCGGUUUGGGAUGGGAAAAAGUCGUUCCAGAGCACUCUGACUCGUCCGAUAGGAACGAGGACGAAGACGGAUUAUGAAUUGGUGACAGCAGAGGUGCCAAAUGCACCUCUGAACCCAUUCCAAGCACCCUUGGCCACUGUGAGCUCGCUCGUGACGGUGAGCACGCGAGUUACAGAAACGAGCACCAAAGUCUACAAAGUGACGCUGCAAGCCCAGCCGAUCCUGACCACGGUGACGAUGACGAGUGUGUACGACACAGUUCUCACCACGUACACCACUUCCACCAUCCCCGCUGGAGGAGCCUUACCCAUCCUACCCUAUCCUGGCUUCUUCGGUUGA